GAAUUCAGAGAAGAAUAUCGCACAGGUUUUCUGUGAAAGUUUGCAGCUUGGUCCAGCUCAAUUCCCCUUUUGGACUGUACUUGCAUCAAGUGAAGGCCAACGGGAUUCACUGGAAAAGAUCUCGUCCUUAGAUUCUGGAAAAGACCUUUUUUUUUUUCCUUCUGGAGAUUCUUCCUAUCAUUAUCAGGUGGUCCACCUUAUCCACGGAUGUGAACUCAUCUAAGAAAGGAAACAACACUUUUUGCACAAUGGAGCAGCUAUUUAAUAACUCAAGAGGUAAUGGAUCAGAAUAUGAUAUAGCAUAUCACUUCCUUGCUGUGGUACACGGAAUACAGGAGAUACAGAACAACUUUCCAAGUCCUCUAAGUUGUUUCAAUACUACUGGAAUUGCUCCAAAUGUUUCUAAAAUACCAGAAAUUUUUUCUUCUCCGUAUGAUCAACCGUUUGAUAAUUUAACACAAAAUCUUCUCAAUGGCUUCAUUGGCCUUAUUUGCAUUUUUGGCCUGGUGGGAAAUGGAAUGACAAUUUAUCUCCUGGCCUUUUCCAUUAAGAGGAAUCCUUUCACCACUUUCAUCCUGAAUCUCUCCAUUGCUGAUUUUGGGGUCAUCACAUCCCUCAUUACUGCAGCUAUAUUUGUGUCAGUAUUUACUCUGAGUCACAAAACACACCUUCUCAAUGCCUUUUUCUUCUUAUUUUUUGAGUUCUUUUUCUUCACCUAUUCUGCCAGCCAGUUUCUGCUGACGGCCAUCAGCCUGGACAGGUGUGUGGCUGUCCUUUUCCCUCUCUGGCAUCGCUGCCAUCGUCCGCCAUAUUUAUCCUCACUUGUUUGUGGCCUCAUCUGGAUCCUCUCCUUCCUGCUCUCUGUGGUGCACUUCAUUCUCCACCAGACCAGAACCUAUGGAAGAUCACCUUUGUUUUACCAGCUGAUUGUGAAUGGUUUACUUUGUACGCCUCUCAUGGUUGUGUCCACUGUGACUCUCUUGAUUCAUAUGAGGUCUAAAAUGCAACGCAAUCAAAAGAAAUUGCUCAUCACCAUCUUUCUGGCUCUCCUCUUGUUCCUCCUGCUUUCUCUCCCAAUGAAUGUCUUUUAUGUCAUGGAAUAUUUUGUUUCCUAUAAUCCCCUCCUCCUGACCAUUGGGGUAGGAUGUGGCACUCUCAACAGCAGCAUCAACCCACUCCUUUAUUUCUUAGUGGGGAGGAAGAAGAGAGGAAAAGAUCAGCCCAGAGCAUCUUACAAGGUUGCUCUGCAAAGAAUCUUCAAGGAUGAGAGGGGAAGCACGGAAGAUCAGGAAACCACGCAUGAAAGCCAGUUGUGAAGAGUCAAAAAACGUUGCAUAUAAAAUAUUUUAAGGUAAAAGCUUAUUCAGACACCAUAUGUGCUUUCCUUAAGAACUUACAGAUGUGAUACAAUUUACUGAGCAAAGUACUUAAAAACAAAAACUAGGAACAGGAAGUGUUGCUGUGUCCUCAUUUUUCAAUUCAAAGAACUUGUUCAAGAGGAAACGUUUUAGCUGAUAUACUUCCUUUUUCAUAAUUAGCAUCCUGUUUCCCAGUUAAGAUUAUCAGCAAGAGGGUCGCAUUUAGUACCAUAUUUUCUCCAAAAUAAGACCUAAUUGGUAAAUAAGCCCUAAUGCAUCUUUUGGAGCAUAAAUUAAUAUAAGAUCUGCUCUUAUUUUCAGAGAAAAUAAGAUCUUACUGAAUGAAAUGUUUAUAAUAUGUACUUUAUUUUAUGCAUUUUUCUUUGUGACAAGAAAGUUUAUAUACAUAUAAUGGAGAUGAAGGAGAAGGGGAAAAUGUGCUGUACACGAUACAGUUUUUUGGAAUAAAAUGUGCCAUUUUUGAUUCUGAAAAAUUUCAGACAGAAUAACAUUCAAUUAUAUUUUAAAAUUAGAGUUCAUUAUUCAUAAUCAUUAAUUAGUGGCUUUUUUUUUCUUGACUAAAGGUAUGUAGCUUCUAUCAUCGUAAGCCUUCCUUCCAGGCAAUCUUUUAUAGCCAUUUCAAGUCCUGAUUUCUUAGCUGGCACCGACGUCACCUGGCAAAGUUCUGGACUAGGAGGACCUUAGUAGACCUUUCUUCUCUCAACACAAACCUCACCUGGGUUUCUAUUCUGUAAUUCUGUAUGGCUACUUUUGGAAUAGAGGUUUUUUUUUUUUUUUUUUUAAGGAUUGUGUGUGUAUGUGUGUGUUUCUGUAGAUAGAUGAUAGAUGGAUAGAUAGGUAGGUAGGUAGAUAGGUAGAUGGGUAGAUAAUAGAUAGAUGAUACAGGGAGAGGGAGAGAAAGAGAGAGAGGCACCCUGAUAUCAACUGCUUUGAAACUCAUUGAAUUUCAUCGUGCCUCUCAGAACCAAUUAACAACGAGUACCAAGUAUGAAUAUAUAAUGUGUGUGUGUGGAGAUAGAUAGAUGAUAGAUAGAUGAUAGAUAGAUAGAUAGAUAGAUAGAUAGAUAGAUAGAUAGAUAUUGAUUGAUUUAUUUAUUUAUUUAUUUAUUAGGGAGAGAGAGGGAGAGAGAGAGAGGGAGAGAGAACGAGAGGUAGAGGUAGAGAUAGAUUAGACAUAGAAAUAGAGAUAGAUAGAGAUAGAGAUAGACAUGGACAUGGAGAUGGAAAUGGAGAUGUAGCUAGCUAGAUGACAUAGAUAGUAGUUUUUCAUAAUAUUUUUUUUUAGCUUUUGUUUGCAUUCUACCCUUUUUAUCUGGUCUAUAACCAAAAUAAAUAUUUAAUUUGAUUGAUGUUAUGGAAUUGGGGAUAUGAUUUCAGAAGGGAAGGCUUCUUUCUCAAGGAGCCAAAAGGCAAAUCAGCCUUGAGUCUUUGAUAUGCAGGAAGAGGUCUAGAAAGGAUCAUCCCUAGAACCUGAGUUAGCAUGGUGAAGAUUCUGAAGAGCCCUAGUGGCGCAGUGGUUAGAGUGCAGUACUGCAGGCUCCUUUUGCUGACUGCCGGCUGCCUGCAAUUUGGCAUUUCAAAUCUCACCAGGCUCAAGGUUGACUCAACUUUCCACCCUUCCGAGGUCAGCAAAAUGAGGAGCCAGAUUGUUGGGGGCAAAUAGGUUGACUCUGUAAAUCGCAUAGGUUGUAAAGCACUGUGAAGCAGUAUAUAAGUCUAAGUGCUAUUUUUUUUUUUUUUUUUUUAAUUUGAUUUAUAUGCCGCCCUUCUCCGGAGACUCAGGGCGGCUUACAGUGCGUUAAGCAAUAGCCUUCAUACUUUUGUAUAUUUAUACAAAGUCAGCUUAUUGCCCCCACAAACUGGGUCCUCAUUUAACCUACCUUAGAAAGGAUGGAAGGCUGAGUCAACCUUGAGCCUUGGAGAGAUUCGAACCAGCAGUAAAUUGCAGGCAGCUGUGUUAAUAACAGGGUGCUUUAAACCACUGUAGUACCAAGGCCCUAUUGCUAUCCACAUGACAUCCAUCCAAUAUAUAUGCUUCAUUAAUGUGCCAUGCAUGUUUAAUUAUACUGCACAAUGGAUUUCAAUUUUAGUGAUUAAAAUUAAACUGAUUUUAAUUUUGCUUUAAUUAAAAUUGUAACCAUCUAUUCUUCUGGGCUGUACUUUCCAUUUUAUAUGUUGUUAUCCACUCUGAAUGUUCAGUAAAAGGAAGAAUUUAAAUUUAGCAAAUAAAUUAAUAAUAAAUCACUGUGUUGUGUAGGAAUCACGUGUUUGCUUACAGCCACUGCACAUUUUCCAAAACUAUCUUUCCCAAAGAUUCAUGUUAAUGCUGGAUUGUUCCCACUUUCCCCUCUAUGCUUGCCU